GCUCAAGAGGCUCGCGCGGUGGCGACAGAGGUGGAGCAGGCAAACAGUGAGCUCGCGGACGUGAAGCAGGAGAUCUCGAAGCUCGACGGUCAGAUCCAGGCGCAGCAAUCCAAGGAAGAAAAGAUGAAGAACGAGCUGCAACAGGAGCAGGUGCGAUACCAGCAGGAGCUCAAGGACAAGGCCAUCCGGGAACAGCAGAUCGAGGGCCUCACUACCGAGCUUGCCGCCAAGAGCAAGGCGGCUUCGGCUCUGGAAGCCCAAUACAUCAAGCUGCAGCGCAAGGCGCGGGCUGCAAAACGACUCCUCGAGAAAGAGAAGGCGAAAGCGAAGGAGCAGGAGAAGGAGGCGCAGGAUCAGCUCCAGCGCGAGAAGGCCAAAGCGGAGGCGCAGGCGCACGAGGAUGCUGCAGAGCUGCAGCGUGUCCAGGAGAUGCUUCAGAAGGAGGCAAAGCUUGCCAAGGAAAGCUUUGCGGAAGAGGUGAAGCGAGUGGAGAACAAGCACUUGAAGGAGGUCAAGGAGCAGGAGCAGAAGAUUGCCCAUCAGGUUGAGAUCGAGAAGGGCCAGAUCAUGGAGAAGGUUUCGCAGCUACAGAGGGAGCUGGCGCAUGAGCAGAAAGUCGGCCAAGACCAGGCCGCGGAGGCCACCAAGAAGGAGGAGGCACUGCGAGCCGAGCUCCGGAAGACCAAAGAGGCAGCAGAGGAGAAAGCCCAGUCCACGAAGAAGCACAUGGCGGACAUGCAGAGCAGCCUCGACUCGCAGAGGAAGGCAUCCGCCGAGAAGGUCCAGGCCGCCAACCUGAACCUGCAGAAGGUCCAGGAGGAGGUCGUUGAGGAGGAGCAGGCUCUGGCCAGCAAGAAGGCGGAGCUGCGACGCAUCGAGAAGGAGGCCAAGUCUAUGGAGGAGAGGGCAGACUUGGCCGAGCGCCAGGCGCAGCAGAAGGAGGCACAUCUGCAGGCCAAGAUCCGUGCAGCGAACUUGAUGGAGAGACGAGGCAAGACCGCCCUGCAGCGCCAGGCUGAGCACCAGGCAGCUAAGCUCAAGAAGAUGAUCGCGGACGAGAAGUCCAUGGAACGAGAGCAGGAAUCAACGUUGCCCCUCCCAAGCAACAUGUCCGUGGCUUUCCAAGUCCCUGCUAUGGCUGAGGUGUUGCAGCAGGUACUUGCGCAGUCUGCUUCUGAAGCCUGCGUCUUCGUCUUCAGCGGCGAGGGCGCCCAUGGUGCAGACACGGACCUUUCCAUGCUGAAGUUCAGCCCCUCCUGGCGUGCCGUGCAGGAGGCCCUGCGUGACGUGAAAGGCAGGAGCGACCUGGAGGAGGAAGCGUUUGAGAGAUGGGAUCCUGAGGUUUUCUUGCAGGAGAACCUCGGCGAUCACACCGCCCCGAACUCACCUCUGGUCUCAGUGGCGCUGAACAUUCUGCACGACCUUUGGCAGCACUGGGGUCAGGAGCCGUUUCUGGUAGUCGGCCAUUCUGUGGGCGAAAUCGCUGCGGCCUAUACCGCCGGUAUUCUGACCGUUGGGCAGGCCAUCAGCAUCGCACACAGCCUCGGGGCUGCUAUGCAAAGCUUCCCUGGCGAAAUGGUGCACACAGAGCUGCGCCGAGCCUCCUUGGCCGAGUUCCCCAAGUCUGGCCUCCACGUGGCUGCCAUCAACUAUGUGGUUGCGAAAGGCGAAGAAGGCGAAGAGCAGGACCUGCUGAGCGUGACGCUCUGCGGCGCGUCUGCAGAGGAUUAUCUGGCUCUGGAUCCUGCUGCCAUGAAACUGCGGCCAUGCCAUGCGUGGCAUCAUCCGGAGGCGCCCGUGCCCGGCGAGCUUCCGCGCGGCGGUGCUGCCCGCAUCCCCUUCGUCUCUGCCAUUUCUGGAGCUCAGCUGGCAGAGCUCCCGGAGGGCCACUGGCAGCGUUGGCAGCGCAGCCCCGUGAAGUUCGCCGAGGCUCUAUGGGCGGAGAUCGCUUUGCAGUGGAUUGACCGACCAGAGUGUACCGCAUUUCGGCUGAAAGCCGAAGCCACAUUCUCAGACGGACUCCGCUAUGCCUCCUCCAUGCGUCGCGGGGAGCAUGCCGCCCCGUUCCUGCGACAUCAGCGCGCUGGCUUGGGGCCGGGCUUCCGCAGGAGGCUGUCGCGGGCGCUCCGAGGUUUCAGCUUCGGUGGCCGGGAGCUGUGCCACACCACGAGCUUUGCUGCCCAGGGCAUUGCUUCCCAGCAACUGGUGCUCCUGACGGAGGCCUUGAAGCCCUUCUUCCCGGGCCUCGCGGCCCAUGACCUCUACCGCUUCAGCUCCAUCGAGGCCCUCCUGGAUUGGGGCGUGGAGGCCCAGAGCCAGGCUCCGUCGAGGCCGGUGCCGAAAAUGCAGGAGCCCACGCCGGAGCUUCACUUCGAGAUCUUGGGAUGUGCUCUCCGGCUGCCAGGGGGGGGCGCGGACUCGCCCCCGCCAGGCAGCUUCUGGAGCAUGCUGCUGGAGGAUGACCAGGAUUCCGCUUUUGCAGCUUUCAAGGAGGGCCCCAAGGCCGCGUUUCUUCAGCCCAAGUUCGACCGCCGCGCCGCCAUGCUGGCGGCAGAGGCUGCUGGGGUCGAAGGUGCCGAGGCCGCGGCCAUGGACCCGCAGCACGCCUUUGCAUUGCAGCUGGCGGCAGAGAUGUGGCACGACUCCGGUGACGCUGCGGAGGUUGCCAAGGCAGAGCCGACGAGCGUUGGCGUCUACAUCGGCGCCUGGCAGCCCGCCGUCUCCGACACCAGGUCCUCCGCCUAUGCAGCGAUCGGCUCGUCCCUGAGCGCCCUUGCAGCCCGGGUCGCCAACGCUUACAACUUGCAGGGCCCGUCAAUGACUGUGAACACAGCCUGCUCGUCAGCGCUUGUGGCCGUCCACCAGGCCUUGCAGGAAGCACGUACCGGGCAGCUGGCGUUUGCCGUUGUUGGGGGUGUGAACUUGUUCGGGGAGGACGCGCAGCUCUUCAAGAACCUCCGGCGGGCUGGGAUGCUCAGCCCUUCUGGUCGCUGCCACACCUUCUCCGCCUUGGCAGACGGCUACGUCCGCGGCGAGGGCGGCGUCCUCUUCCUGCUGCAUGCCGGCUCCGGCCUUCCAUCUCGCGCACAGGUCCUGGGCUCGGCCGUGACCCAGAACUCCACGCAGACGAAGCCCUUGAGUUCCGUGGAGCCUCGGGCGCAGGAGCGGGUGAUCCGCCUCGCCUGCGCCAGCGCCCGGGUGGCUCCCGGCGACUUGGCGGCCCUGGAGCUGCAUGGCACCGGCACUCCUCUGGGGGACCCGGUGGAGAUCUCAGCCCUCGCCCGGCUGGGCUGCGCUGUGACCAUGACGGCGUCGAAGAUGCACGUGGGCCACUUGGAGUCGGCAGCGGGUGCCGUCGGGCUCCUGAAGGCGAUGCUCGUCUGUGAGAACUACCGCGUGCCCUCCUUCGAAGUCCACGGCGGCCUGAACCCCCAAGUCCUCGCCGCGAUGGAGGAGUCCUGCCUCAAGAGCCCAGGAGUCGAGGCUGAACUGCCGGCCUGUGCCUACGUGGGCGUCUCCAGCUUCGGCUUCGCCGGGAGCAACGCCCACGCCGUUCUGACCCCAACUCCCACGGCCAGGGCCUGUCCUAAGUACGAGGCCGCAGCCCGUGAGCCAGUGCUCCUUCGGCGGUACUCGCAUUCCCUCGUCGAGAGCCUCUCCAGCACCUCCGCUUCCGCUCCAUCGCAGGAGCACGCGGCCGCCAGUGCCGCCAGCGCCAGCCGCCUCUGCCUCUUCUCUGUGGCCGAGGACGCCGUGGACGUCGCCGGGGACGUCGCCGACGUGGUGGACGUGGACAUCUGCUCCCUGAGCGUCGUCGGCAGCGCCGUGCUCUCCAUCGUCGGCGGCGACGCAGAGGUGGACGUGGACGCGGACCUGCACGAACUGGGCAUCGACUCUCUGGGCUUGGCGGAGCUCAUGGGCUUGCUUGAGGACCGAUUCGGCCAAGGCUGCCUCAGCAUUGACAAGAUCAUGGAGGAGCCGACGUGCCGGGCCAUCGUGAAGAACUUGGAGGAGGUUGGAGGCGUCUUGUCGGCCAAGGAGACAUUGGCGCCCAAGCCCAGGGCCAGCCUUCCCACGACUGCCCACCCACCUCCCCCCACGGCGGCCGUGGACUCCGAGCCGAAGGUGCCGACGCAGGAGCCGAAGCAGGUGGCGUCCGAAGAUCUGAGCAAGUGCUGGAUCCGCACGACUCACGUCGGCUCCCUUCCUCGGCCCAACCACAGCAAGCUGGAUAUGGAGCAGGUCGUCGCAGAGCAGGAGAUGGCCGCCGUGGACAUCAUCAACGAUGGCGAGUGGGUCCGUGACAACUACAUCGCCGACGUCAUUGUCCGCAUCCAGGGGCUGAGCGGCGACAGCACCAAGGACGUUAAGACCAGCUGCUGCGCCAAGCAUUCGAUGCCCAUUGCCGCGGACAUGCAGGAUGCAGACAGCAGCACUUGCAUGAACUUAGAGUUACCAUCCCGG